AUGCCUGAAUCAAUAUUUUUGUUAAUAUCUCUUGCUAUCUUCUCUAUUACAUUCGGCCUCUUCACUUUCUCUCUGUCAGUUCCUCUUUCUUUCACACUGUUUCUAUUUUUCUCUCUCUCACUUCGUCUCUCCUCUCUCUCACUUCGUUUUCUCUAUAUCCCCUUCUCAUUUCUCUCUCUCUCUCUCUUUCUCUCUCCUCGGGAUUUAUAUUUAUUUCACUCCCUUUAUCUUGCCUUUUUUUCUUCAUAUUUCUUGAUCUUCUUUCUUUCUUUCUUUCUUUCUUUCUUUCCUCCUAUUUUCAUCCCCACCCUGUUUAAAAGACCAUCAUAUUUUUUUUCAAUGUUUCUCUCUCUUUUUGAUGUUUUAUCAUUUUCUUUUUCGAUUUCUCCUCACCAAUUUUACUCUCUUUCUUUCUUUUUCUUUCCCCCUCCCCUUUUCUUCCUGGGCAUAAAGGAAACACUACAUCCGGCAGCAAAGCUUCUAAUCAGGGGUGAGCUUUUGAUAUGCCCUAAAACAAACAAACCAACUAACCCCGCUUUCUCUUUCCGGAUUUCUCCCCUCCCCCCUCCUCUCUCUCUCUCUCUCUCUCUCUCUCUCUUUCUCUUCCUUAAUUUUUCUUUCUUUCACUAUCUUUUUCUUUUGCACUUUUCUCUGUUUUCUUUCAUAACUUUUCCUGGUCUUUUUUUAGACAGACAGAUGUGCGCACAUUCUCUUUACUGUCUUCGGAAAAAAUUGGAAACAAUAUAUUUCUCUCUCUCUCUCUCUUUCUUUCUCUCUUUCUCUCUCUCUCUCUUUCUUUCUCUCUUUCUCUCUCUCUCUCUCUCUCUCUUUCACGUCUGUCUAUCUUUGACUAUGUUCACAAUAUCAUAUCUAUCUAUCUAUCUAUCUAUCUAUAUCUAUCUAAAUUUGUUCAUAUCCGUCUAUCUUAGCUUGUUCAUAUCUAUCUAUCUAUCUAUCUAUCUAUCUAUCUAUCUAUCUAUCUAUCUCAGCCUGUUCAUAUCCGUCUAUCUUAGCUUGUCCAUAUCUAUCUAUCUAUCUAUCUAUCUAUCUAUCUCAGCCUGUUCAUAUCCGUCUAUCUUAGCUUGUUCAUAUCUAUCUAUCUAUCUAUCUAUCUAUCUAUCUAUCUAUCUAUCUAUCUAUCUCAGCCUCCUGUUUAUAUCCGUCUAUCUUACCUUUUGUUCAUAUCUAUCUAUCUAUCUAUCUAUCUAUCUAUCUAUCUAUCUAUCUAUCUCAGCCUGUUCAUAUCCGUCUAUCUUAGCUUGUCCAUAUCUAUCUAUCUAUCUAUCUAUCUAUCUAUCUAUCUAUCUAUCUAUCUAUCUAUCUAUCUAUCUCAGCCUGUUCAUAUCCGUCUAUCUUAGCUUGUCCAUAUCUAUCUAUCUAUCUAUCUAUCUAUGUCUUCACAUCUAUCUAUCUAUCUAUCUAUCUAUCUAUCUAUCUAUCAAACCUAUAUUUCACUCUCAUUUCUUCUCUCUUUUCUUUCUCUCUGACUAUAGAAGUCUUUCAUGUCCAUGUAUAUAUCUAUCUUUGACUAUGUAA